UAUUAUUUGUCCGUUUUGGUCAUUUGCAAGCGGAAGUUUUACUCUGACACUUCCCGGAAGUUCUCCCCGACUGUUUUCGCUGCCAGAGGGGGAUUUGAGUGCGAAAAUGGCGACGUCUCGUCGCACUUCCCAGCAGCAACAACAACAAAACUUAUCCUCCCCACCAAGGCCCGACACCAGUCCCCUCACUCCUCCAGAGUUACCCACAGACACCGGCGGCUCUGCGGCUGGUGGGGAGCCAGAAAGCAUCGGAGAUCCGGAGAUCGCCGCUGAAACCCCCGCUCCGCUCCUCAGCACCAGCAGCAGCAGCUCCAGCUCGAGCAGCGCUAGCUCGUCUACCACCGGCGGGGGCAGUAGUGCGGGCUCCACUCCCGACUCCGGUAGUGCCAGUCCUGGAGGCAGCGUCUGCGGGACGAGUGGGGCUUUCAGGGAGCUGUUUGAGGCCUGCAGGAAUGGGGACGUGUCUCGGGUGAAGAGGCUGGUGGAUUCGGCCAAUGUAAACGCAAAGGACAUGUCCGGGCGCAAGUCCACCCCGCUUCACUUCGCCGCAGGUUUUGGAAGGAAAGACGUUGUGGAACAUCUCCUGCAGAAUGAAGCAAAUGUGCAUGCGCGAGACGAUGGAGGACUGAUCCCGUUGCACAACGCCUGUUCCUUCGGUCACGCCGAGGUGGUCAGCUUGUUGCUUUGUCAAGGAGCCGAUCCCAAUGCCAGAGACAACUGGAAUUACACUCCGCUCCAUGAAGCCGCCAUUAAGGGCAAAAUUGACGUAUGCAUCGUUCUGCUCCAGCACGGUGCCGAUCCCAACAUCCGCAACACCGACGGCAAGUCUGCCCUGGACCUGGCUGACCCGUCCGCUAAAGCUGUUCUCACCGGCGAAUACAAGAAGGACGAACUCCUGGAAGCUGCGAGGAGCGGAAAUGAAGAGAAGCUCAUGGCCCUGCUCACGCCAUUAAACGUCAACUGCCAUGCCAGCGACGGUCGUAAGUCGACAUCUCAGAAAAUGCUGCUGUAUGGUGAAGCUGCACGGAUCUGUGCUUACCGCUGGAGACUGUGCAGGAAGACAUGGAGUUUGCGCAUUGUGCUUUGCUCACGUCAAUACAUCACUUCUACUCCAUUGCACCUGGCAGCCGGAUACAACCGGGUCCGAGUAGUUCAGCUUCUCCUGCAGCAUGGUGCUGAUGUUCACGCUAAAGAUAAAGGUGGUCUUGUUCCUCUACACAACGCCUGCUCAUAUGGACACUACGAGGUCACAGAACUACUGCUAAAGCAUGGGGCGUGCGUUAAUGCCAUGGACCUCUGGCAGUUCACCCCUUUGCACGAGGCUGCCUCCAAGAAUCGCGUGGAAGUGUGUUCCCUGCUGCUGAGUCACGGAGCCGAUCCCACGCUGGUCAACUGCCAUGGGAAGAGCGCGGUGGACAUGGCCCCGACCCCAGAACUCAAAGAGAGGCUCACAUACGAGUUUAAGGGCCACUCUCUUCUUCAGGCUGCACGGGAAGCAGACAUGACCAAGGUGAAGAAGACCCUGGCUUUAGAGAUCAUCAACUUCAAGCACCCACAGACGCAUGAAACGGCACUGCACUGUGCUGUCACUUCACCUCACCCAAAACGAAAACAGGUCACCGAACUGCUGCUACGGAAAGGAGCCAACGUCAAUGAGAAGAACAAAGACUUCAUGACGCCUCUCCAUGUGGCAGCAGAACGGGCACACAAUGACAUCAUGGAGGUUUUGCAGAAACACGGGGCGAAGAUGAAUGCUGUUGACACGCUAGGUCAGACGGCGUUGCACCGGGCAGCUCUGGCGGGACACUUGCAGACAUGCAGGCUACUGUUGAGUUAUGGAGCCGACCCCGCCAUCGUCUCCCUGCAGGGCUUCACAGCCGCACAGAUGGGCAAUGAAGCUGUACAGCAGAUCCUAAACGAAAACAUUCCAGUGAGGAAUUCAGACGUGGAUUAUAGACUCUUAGAAGCAGCAAAAGCAGGAGACUUGGACACUGUGAAGCAACUUUGCUCCCCUCAGAAUGUGAACUGUCGAGACCUGGAGGGUCGUCACUCCACUCCGCUCCACUUUGCCGCCGGCUACAAUCGCGUGGCUGUGGUCGAGUAUCUCCUGCACCACGGUGCCGAUGUCCAUGCCAAAGACAAAGGAGGUUUGGUGCCGCUGCAUAACGCCUGCUCGUACGGCCAUUACGAAGUGGCAGAGCUUCUGGUCAGACACGGAGCGUCCGUCAAUGUGGCCGACCUGUGGAAGUUCACUCCGCUGCAUGAGGCGGCAGCCAAGGGCAAAUACGAGAUCUGCAAACUGCUUCUGAAGCAUGGAGCAGACCCCACCAAGAAGAAUCGGGACGGAAACACUCCAUUGGACAUGGUGAAGGAGGGAGACACAGAUAUCCAGGACUUGCUGAGAGGAGAUGCUGCGCUUUUGGAUGCCGCCAAAAAAGGCUGCCUGGCCCGGGUCCAGAAACUGUGCAGCUUGGAGAACAUCAACUGCAGAGACACACAGGGACGCAACUCGACUCCGCUGCACCUGGCAGCUGGCUAUAACAAUCUGGAGGUAGCGGAGUAUUUACUUGAGCAUGGGGCGGAUGUCAAUGCGCAGGACAAAGGUGGCCUUAUUCCCCUCCACAACGCGGCCUCAUACGGGCAUGUGGACAUUGCGGCCCUGCUGAUCAAGUAUAACACCUGUGUAAAUGCCACUGAUAAAUGGGCCUUCACACCCCUCCAUGAGGCUGCGCAGAAGGGCCGCACGCAGCUCUGCGCUCUGCUGCUGGCCCACGGAGCCGACCCCACCAUGAAGAACCAAGAGGGCCAGACACCACUGGACUUGGCGACGGCUGAUGAUAUCCGGGCACUGCUGAUUGAUGCCAUGCCCCCUGAAGCGUUGCCUAGUUGUUUCAAACCCCAGGCUACAGUAGUCAGCACCUCUGUCAUCUCUCCAACAUCUACCCCUUCCUGUCUGUCCGCCGCCAGCAGCAUAGACAAUCUGGCCGGGCCCCUGACAGAGCUGGCCGUACCUGGAGCCUCAGGCCCUGCUGAUGGGGCUACUGCAUCAGAGAGGAAGGAGGGAGAAAUUACAAUUCUGGAUAUGAACAUCAGUCAGUUCCUGAAGAGUUUGGGUUUGGAGCAUUUGCGGGAUAUUUUUGAGCGGGAACAGAUUACGCUGGAUGUGCUGGCUGACAUGGGGCACGAGGAGCUCAAGGAGAUCGGCAUCAACGCGUACGGCCACAGGCACAAACUCAUCAAAGGCAUUGAGAGGCUGCUGGGCGGUCAACAAGGUGCCAACCCAUACCUGACAUUCCACUGUGCGAGUCAGGGCACGGUGCUGAUCGACCUGGCCCCUGAUGACAAAGAGUUUCAGUCGGUAGAGGAGGAGCUGCAAAGUACGAUCAGAGAGCACAGGGAUGGUGGUAAUGCUGGGGGUGUUUUCAACAGAUACAACAUCCUGAAGAUUCAGAAGGUGGUGAACAAGAAACUGAGGGAGCGGUACGCACACAGGCAGAAGGAGAUCGCAGAUGAGAACCACAACCACCACAACGAGCGCAUGCUCUUUCACGGGUCACCGUUCAUCAACGCCAUCAUUCAUAAAGGGUUUGAUGAGAGGCACGCUUACAUCGGGGGGAUGUUUGGAGCAGGGAUCUACUUUGCAGAGAACUCCUCUAAAAGCAACCAGUACGUGUACGGCAUCGGCGGAGGGACAGGCUGCCCCACACAUAAAGACCGCUCCUGUUACAUCUGUCACAGGCAGAUGCUGUUUUGCCGGGUGACUCUGGGUAAAUCCUUCUUGCAGUUCAGUGCCAUGAAGAUGGCCCACGCUCCUCCAGGGCACCAUUCCGUCAUCGGCCGACCCAGCGUCAACGGGUUAGCCUACGCCGAAUACGUCAUCUACCGAGGGGAACAGGCCUACCCAGAGUACCUCAUCACAUACCAGAUCAUCAAGCCAGACAGCACGCCCCCAUCCCCGGCAGCAGCGGAGCAGAAGUCCUAGUCCACACGGGCCACCCCUGCCAAACGCUCAGACUGUUACCCAAACAUCUCACACACAUCCUCACAUGAUAGAAACAUCCACUCACCCAUAAACCUCUACGCUGCCUCUUUAAUUUGCAGUUAGGCUCCAUUUCUGUCCCCGUGAGUGUUUACAAGAAAGAGUUGCCUUGGCUGGCCGUGUCCUUGCCCUCCUCUUCAGGUCAAGGGUCAGGAUAUCGGCCAUAAUGCCGUUUCAGGGCUAAACGAAAGGACUCCGUGAAAGACAACAAGUGACCUCUUCCCUGUCAUUCUACUCAAUUUAACACUGUUCAAGCAUUAACUUCCUUUCUUUGAAACGGUUUUACUAUUACUGUGAUUAAUUACCUUUCUGUUUUAUUUCCAUCAAUUUGAUUCAACAAUAAUGGACCACGUCUUAAAGGGACCUGACAUUUCAGCAAUCCUCCUUUCCAUUAUUGAAGUUCACUGAAGACCCUAAAAAAAAUCUCAUUAUUGUGGUUUUAUUUUUUCUUUAUGCAUUGUUAUUAAAAAAAAAGCCUUAGAGGGGUUUUAAAGCAAAAAGAAUGUUGAUGCAGAGACCAGAACUAUUCAAAAGGCCUUUGACCACAAAAUAGCAAAAAUUCUUUUUUUUUUUUGUUGUUGUUUUUUUUGGGGUACUUUUUGUUUUUUGUCUCUUACAUAUCUUUGCACAGGAUUACUGGUCAGAAUGUCCCAUUCCAUUGCCAUAGCCCAAUCUGAAAAUGCAUCUUUUAAAGAAUUUGCACUUUUAGGCAGGACUUAAGUUAUUCAGAAUAAUUCUAAAAAGACGUAGGUUAAAAAAAAAAUGUCCAGUAACGUACAGGUUUGUGUAAUGGACAAUGCCUUUGUAUAGCUUUUAAUGUUGUUUACCGAUGCAGAGUGGGUUUCAUUAGUACUGUAAAGGAAGUGGGAAUUCUUGCUUUCAGAUCUUUCCUUAUAUUUUCGGACGACCAAGCGACUCCGCUGUGGAAGUCGCUCCUUUUUGCUUUCCAUGUGUUUUGGAUCACAACCACAGGAAUUCCUCAGUCUUGUUCAUUCCAGUCCUGUUUCUCUGGCAUCAGAGAAACGCCUCUUUUAUGAGGGUCUCCGUAACAUUUUUCCUGUUACACACUACUGAUAUCAGCAGCUCGGCUGACUCGCGUUCAUGUUACAGAAUGAAAUGAAGGACGUGGCUCUACCUCUGGAAGUCUCAUGGUUUGGUUGCUUUGCUCAGGUGUAGUUUGUGGUUCUGUACAUGUGUACUGGAGGUAAUCUGCCUUACUCCAGGAAUCUGUGUUCAAACCAGAGAGAAAGAGAGCAGUCCUUUCUUCUCCUGUUAGUAUGAGCACAGACAUGUCCACUGCUCCCCUCAAGCCAAUACGUGGGAGACAACUCCUGAACUGUUUCUCAAUUCUCUGAGCUGUAAUUUUACUUUAUUUCCAUGUUCCUGUGAACUUUAAUCAGAAACGGCUUAUCUACCAUAAGCCAUCUGCGGACUAAUCAAACACUCCUUAAUCAUGUAAAAUGGUCUUAAUAAAGUACGUCAUAAAUAC